CUUUCCUGGAGGCCCAAUGGUUAAGGAGGCACGGGUUCAAUCCCUGAUCGGGGAACUAAGAUCCCACAUGCGGUAUGGUGCAAAGGAAAAAAGAAAAGCGACUAUGUAUAGUACUUCCACCUACUAGAGCAUCAGCUCUAGGAGGGCAGAAACUAUGUCUCCCUAGGGGCUAGAGCUUGAUUCAUCAUUGAAGGAAUCUUAACUAGAGGCUUGAAAUGUGAAGACAUAGGAAGUGGCUAUGUGUUAAGCAGAGUAAGAGUGGCAAGCAUCCAGAGAAGGGGAAGUGGAGCCCAGUGGGGGCAUGAAGCCCUCAUUUGGAGCCAAGGCAAGAGACAAGGUAGAGCAUUCUCUAGUUAAGGUGCGACUACAAGUGCUCCUGAGAUGGGCUUUACUCCUGCAGCCUAUGGUCUUCAGUCCAGUCUCCCUGGAUGCAUGUUAAAUUUUCCAAGCAUCCAAAUGGCUGGGGGAAAGACUUCACAUUCCACAGGAGAAGCACUGUGGAAUAUCAGACGGAGACUCAGAAGACCUGGCCUAGCUAUUAACUAGCUGUGUGGCCUGGGGAAGCCUAAGGCUCUCUCAGGACAGUGCAUCCUCAUCCUCAGUACAGUAGUAGAGUGGGAGCAGUCUACUACCACUUUCCACAGCUGGUUUGAGGACCAAGAGAACUAAUGCCCACGAAGCAGGCUAAUCCCUGCAGUCUGUCAGCACAAGGGGAGGCUGCUUACUCCUGGAGGCCUGGGGCUGAGACAGAGGAGACAGAGACUGGGCAAACGCCAGACUCUGGCUGUGCACAGUCUGCCCACAUUCUUUUGUUAUCUCUGUCCUCCCGAGCUUCCACUCAUGCACGGGCAGACAUCAGCUGCUGGUCAGUAACUGAGCUAAUUGGUUUUAAAGUCUUUUCCUUAUCUUUGCCCCUGACAGGCAGGAGCUAUGUAGCAACAGUGUGUCUAUGCAGAUGGAGAGAGUGGUGACCAGGGACAGGGUGUCCCCACUAUGGUCUCCAUUCAGUCUCUGGUUGAAGUCAAGGACCUGCUCCGGAUCCGCAGCCUCCUGGCCCGGCAGUGCCUGGCGGAGCUUCUGGCUGUGUUUGUGCUCACGCUCCUCAUACAGGGCUCUUCGGCCCAGGCUGUCACCAGUGGAGGAACCAAAGGAAACUUCUUCACCGUGUUUCUGGCUGGCUCUCUGGGCAUUAUGCUAGCCAUCUAUGUGAGUGGUAAUGUCUCAGAGGCCCACCUGAAUCCAGCCUUCUCCCUGCCCAUGUGCCUCCAGGGACACCUCCCCUGGGCCAGGUUUCUCAGUUACUCCUUGGUGCAGUUGCUGUCUGCGUUCUGUGCCUCUGGACAGCAGCAUGCUCUCUAUCACAAUGCCCUACAGAACUACCCAGGUGGGAGCCUGACAGCGACUGGUCCCAAGGAGACGGCUUCCAUCUUUGCCACCUACCCUGCCCCCUAUCUGUCUCUGAGCAAUGGCUUCCUGGAUCAGGUUCUGGGCACCUGGAAGCUGAUGGUGGGGAUGGACAUCCUGGAACGGAACAAGGGAGUGCCUGCAGGUCUGGAGCCCGUGGUAGUGGGGUUACUGAUCCUGGCCGACACGCUAUCCAUGGGUGCCAACUGUGGGCUCCCAAUCAACCCUGUCCAGGACCUCGGCCCACGGCUUUUCACCUAGGUAGCUGGCUGGGGCCCUGAAGUCUUCAGUGCUGGCAAUGGUUGGUGGUGGGUUCCUGUGGUGGGCUCUCUAGUGGGGCCCAUGCUUCGCACAGCCACAUACCAGCUGCUGGUGGCAAAACACCAUCCUGAGGACUCAGAGCCAUCCCAGGAUCUAGAGUGUGCCCAACAGGAAGCCUCAGACUCGGGAAGUCCGGCCGCAACUCAGCUGCAGGAGAGUAAGCUGUGACUCUGGCAGGACAGUCCUCACCUUCCUCGUGGACACUGAAGAGGGCCAGAGACCCCAUGCCUGGUGACAAGAUGUUCUUUCUCUUUAUUAAUACGCCAGGCCCUGGGCAGCUUCUCCGUGUGCUCAUCUAGGCAUCUCCUCCUCCUAAACUGGGGAGGAUGCCUGGACAGGGAGAAUGAGGAGGCUCAGGUACCAGCCUCAGUCUUCUCAUCCCCCUCCUCGCCCACGCAGGAUUUUAGACCCUGGACUUCCAAGAACGUACUUCCUCCAAGUAGCCGCCAGAGGGUGCGCACCAUGGAAACCGGAUUGGGAAGGCUUCGGGAAUCUGCAGGAUGGUGGGGGCCGACCAUCCUGUGCAGGACAUAAUCCAGGGGACUUCUUCGAAAGCUUGGCCCCCACUGACUGACUCCCAGCUAUCGUAGCCUCAGCGCCGCCCGCCUUUACGCUGACUGGGGCGCCUCGCCCAGAUUCAGCCACCCCGCAGAUAGAGAGGGUGAACUACAGUGAGAAGAGAUGAGCCAGGGCGAGGAGAGAAGGCGAAGGAGCAGAGGGCCCCGAGCGGAAAGAGGAGGAGUAAAGGCCAGCUGGCGCGGAGGAAAAUUCUCGUCGUUCAGCGCUUCCUCAACUCUCACACACCUCCCCGACGAAGAGAGGUCUCUUUUAGCAGAGAAGGAGCGUUCUUCUGUUUCCCUUUUUUCAAAUUAAAAAUAAAAAAUCUCAGAGCUA